GAGGGCGGCGCAUCGGUGCUCAAGCACUCCGGAAACAUUUGGAAUUCGUUGUUAAUAAACUAAUGCCGUUUAUUUAAAUUGUACUGCAUUCGUUCAAGCUCAGCACUGAUAUGUUAUUAUAAUAAAAAAUAAUAAAAAAAUAUAAUUGUCUUAAAUCGAAAGUUUAUCAAAACUACAAACUACAGGGCAAAAAAAAUCUUUUAAUCUGAAAAAGCCAGGUAUUUUUAUUGCAUUUACUUUUAAACUUGAGCAGUCUAAUAGUAGGUCUAAUGAUCUAAAAUCUACAAAUAACUCUUCUGCAUGCUGCUCUCGCCCAACCAUAGACGGCGGUAUUGUAUUAGAUUGAGUUUACUGCUCCUUAACAUCGUUGAACUUUAAAACAGUUUCUCUUCAAGUACAGCAGUGAGACAGAUUGACAUCAAGGAUGUCCAGUCCCAGAAAAGUGGUCGAGUUGUUCUAUGAUGUUGUUUCUCCUUAUUCCUGGCUGGCCUUCGAGGUGCUGUGUCGCUAUAGAAAUGUUUGGAACAUCGACCUCAAAUUUAAACCAGCAUAUUUAGGGGGAGUCAUGCAUGGCUCAGGUAACCGGCCCCCUGGAGUGGUCCCGAAUAAGUUUCUUUACAUGAGUCAAGAUCUGAAGCGGCUGUCUGAGUACUUUGUGAUCCCUUUGUCUUCACCUGCAAACCCUUUUGAGGCAAUGUUUGAGAAAGGCUCUUUGAAUGCGAUGCGUUUUGUGACAGCUGUAGCAGAGAAGGACAAAGAGGAACAUGUGCUGGUGGAGAAGGUGUCAAGAGAGCUUUGGAAAAGAAUCUGGAGCACUGAUCAGGACAUUACCGAGCCUGCCUCAUUCAUUGAGGCAGGAUUAAAGGCAGGUCUCUCAACCAAUGAGGUGGAGGAAAUUCUAAACCUUGCCAAAUCUCAGCCAAUCAAAGACAAACUGAAGAGUGUCACACAGGAAGCACUGGAGUAUCAAUGCUUUGGUUUUCCAUUCAUUGUGUGUCAUGUGAACGGGAAGGCUGAGGUUUUCUUUGGUUCUGACAGAUUUGAGCUCAUGGCUCAUUGCAUUGGGGAGAAGUGGGUGGGGCCUCAGCCUGUCAAACCCACAGCCAAAAUGUGAUCACUGCUCCUUUAUACUUUGUAAAGUUCAACAACUUCUAAUUAAAAAUUUACAUAUGGGAAUUCAACAGCAAACAUAAACACACAAACAAGCCAUGGAGACAGAAAUAAAAAGAUUCAUGUCUA